AAAAAAAACAAUUCAUGUUGGCAGAUAAAAAAACUUGAAAAAAACUGUUAAAAGACUUAAAGGAAAAGGCUAUUUAAAGUGCAAAAUGAAGGCAAACGCUAUUUAAAAGUGCAAAUGCAAAAAUUUUAUGGAUUUGCUGUUAGACAAAAUGCAAAGGUAUAGGUUUAAAAUAUGUCUUUACAACUAGAUUCAGUUGACAACUUAAGAUUAGGAGAAACGUCAUCAUUUCUGCCUUUCAAAAAAGAUCAUAUUGGUUUUCAACGAUGGAUUAUGUUACUUAUCUAUUCGCUUAACAGCAUAGUAAUUGGAUUUUUAUAUAUAGGAAUAAGUCCAAAAAGUGUUAUCUCUAAAAAUUAUUAUAAAAUAAGUGACCUAAAUAUUCAGUUAAUAAAUAAUCUCUUUUUCGUUAUGUACAUUACAACUGCAAUGCCUUUAUCCUAUUUGGUGUUUAGAAUAGGAUUAAGACCUGUGUUGGUUCUGGCGUCCGCUUUAAAUGCUUUAGGUACUGCUUUUCAUUUAGCCGGCUUUGGUCGAAACGGUUUUAACUUCUUCAUUAUUGGUCAAAUUUUUGCAGGUAUUGGUACCAGCGCUAUUUUGCAAAUGCCCAAUCAGCUAUCGUCGCAAUGGUUUCCAAGCAACGAACGAGGAAAAUCUACAGCUAUUGGUUUUUUGAUGAAUUUGGUUGGGGGAUCAUUUGGUUUUCUGCAAAAUACAUUUAUGAUUACAGAAUAUAAUAAUUUUUAUAAGCUCAAUAAUCAAUUUCUAAUGUUUUAUUUUACACGAUUUGUGUUUGUCAUUAUUACGUCUUUAUUUACGUUGAUAUUUUUUAAGAAUGCUCCUCGAUUGCAUAACUAUCAAUAUCAUGCCUCGUCAGCACAAAAUUUUGUUAAAAAAGAAAAAUUCCGAAAUUAUCUCUCAAUGCUUCUGACAGACCAACACUUUCUAGUUAUGUCACAAUCAUUUUCAAUUUAUUUUGGACUAAUUGCAGCAAUACCUUUGUAUUUGGAUUUAUUCGUGGCCAAAUACAAAAAUAGCUUUUCUGAAAAUGUUGGUUGGAUGGGCUUGUUUAACUUUAUCUGUGGAGUUAUUGGUUGUUUGGUUUUUGGUAUAAUAUUGGAUAAAUUGAAAAAAUUUCGAGCAUUAUCAAUUGUUUCUAAUUUUACUUCUAUGAUAACGUGGUUAGGAUUUAUCCUGAUAUUGAGAAAGACAGAUAGUUUUUUUGGACCAUUUAUAAUGUUUUUAAUCUAUGGAUUUUUUGCUUAUCCUUAUAUAACCAUUGGACUCGAGCAAUCCGCAGAAAUGACAUUUCCAGUUCCAGAGGAGUUUUCAAGCUCAUUUAUACUCAUUAUUGGUAAUUUUUAUGCUUUAAUUUUUGGUCUUAUAUUUGGAGUUUUUAAUCAUUUUGGUUUAAUUGAAGUUGUUCCUUAUAUUAUAACAGGUUUUUAUCUUUUGAGUACAUUGCUAACUAGUUUAGUUAAAACUUAUUUAAAGAGAAGUGUUGCUGAUGUUUUUUCUACACUUAACUAUAAUUAAGUUUAUUUAUGCAGUAUUAUUGUAUUUUUAAACAAAGUAAAAAUUAAUUGGUUGUGACAGUUAAAAAAUCUUUUUUGAACUUUUUUUACUUUAUAAAAAAAAGGAAUAUAAUUUUAGAAUUUCAACAUGUAUGAAAAAUAUUGUGCAA